CCAGUCCCUCAGAGUCACAGCUGCGGAAUUGUCCAUAGUUGGCACCAGAGGAAAGAACAAUGCCAUCGCUGAGCGCUUCUCGAAGUACCAACUGGCUGCAGAGGAAGCCAACCUGGAGAGGAAGAAAGCCACCUGAUCAAUUAACACUGGGUGGUCACGCACUUCACAGGCAUGAAGGACUACAAUGUAAUGCCAGAUCCCACCUGGGCAAUACAGACACACUUCCUCGAGGUCUGUUGGCUGGGCCCGGGAAUGUCACCUGAGGGGAUAUAAACAGACAGCAGGGAAUUGAGUUACUUUCAUUAAGCUUUUUCAAUCCCAGGUAUGUGUCUGAGUCUGGAAUAAGUCGACUGUCAGCUGUUGUAUUGUAUUGUGAGCAAGGCUUUCAAGGCAUUUAGUGGGAUUUUUUGUUGUUGUUGCUACAAUUAUGUAAAUUGUCACUGUUAGCAGGAGAAUUUAACAUAAGAAAAGCUGUUAGUCUUCACAGUUUGUGUGUGGGUGUGUGUGUGUGUGGGGGGGGCAUGCUGCUGGUCUCUAUCCUCAAAUGGUUCAUUUCUCCAAAAAUGACAAUUUCCUGCUAUCUCGUUUUUGGGAUUUUCCCCUUCUUUCAAUUGACCUUUUCUGUUUUUUUUUCUCUCUCUCUCUUACUCAUCCUCUUGCUUUUCUUUCUCUUUAUCUCUUUCUAUGUUCCCCCCUCUCUCUUCCACUGUUACUCUAUUUCUCUCUCUCCUUCCCUCUCUGUGUUUCUCUCACACUCUCUCUUGGCAUAGAGGGGUGGGCAAGCUAGCUCCUUCAUGCAGAUCUUUUCUCAAAGCUCACAUCUGGGAGAGCUUUUAUCAUUUCCACCCAACAGACACAGAGCCAACUGGAUCUCCAGGUUACCGGGCUUUCCAAGGUUUUUACCAUUUUUCUUUGACAAAAGGAGACAGACGGUAGUGAAAGGAAAACUAUGAAUUGUUAAGGUCCUUAUUUCUCAUUCAUUUAAAUGGCUGUGAAACUUUUAGCUCCACUUAUCUUACUGUUCUGGUUGUCUAAACAGAGGACAAUGCGUCCGUUGUUUACUUGAAAGUAAGCAUUGAAGCUUGUGUUAAAAACCCCUUAGAGUGUUCUCGUCAUAUGGUCCUAGUCAUUUGAUGAGCAUGAGAAACUGUCGUCAUAACCAGGUUGGGUUAACCAGGGAGAGGUCUGGUAGGAAGAUGCUACUCAGAUUGAAUGCUAACGGUAGCUGUAUUCGUAGCUAUGGAAGAAAUCGGAGACCGACUCGUCUCCUGAAACAAUUGAUGUGGGUGUAACACUGGUAUCUGAUCUGUAUCCCCCCCCCCUGAUCCUGUAAUUACUACCGCAUAUCAUUCCUCAGCAUUUCUCUUUUACACAACACAAAACAAAAAAACUAAUCCUGGUCUCUUAAGUAUCUAAGUUAUGGAUUCAGCCAGUUGGGAUGCUUCUGGACUGUGUCAGUGAUUAUGAUCCGUUAGUCAGACAGACUGUCGGUCUUUACCCCCUCCUCCAGGCUGCGGAGCCGUCGCCACAGACUUUCCGCAGUUGCAACCUGAGUGUGUUGAAGAAGCUUUGGGAGCAGCCUGUCCAGUCAGCCACACCUUGUGCCACGCUACCCCACACUCGCCGCUUACUCCCCUCAGAUCCUAACGCCAAGCACCAGACCCAGCCACCUCUCUCACCAGACCCCAACACCAGUCCCACAGCCGCAGAGGACCAGGCAGGACCAGGUAUGGAGAGGAGACGGCAGCAGAGAGACCGAGAGAGGCAGGAGGGAGGAGCAGCAGAAGUGCCUUGCAUCCCCAGUGAGAAGCCCGACAUACCCCUCAACAACCUCAAGAUGAUGUUCGAGAAAGGAGAGAACCUUCAGAACAAAGUGUCCAGAGAGCCUGUGAGGAUUGGAGGGACCGGAGGCAUCACUGACAACAUGGAUCAGCUACUUGGAGAUUCAGGGAGCAUAGAGUCCAUGCCUCUGAGGGACAGGAUGGCCAUGUACCAGGCUGCUGUGUCUAAAACAGAGGUGUUAUCCUCCUCAGUCAGCAGUGAUCAGCUGGACUCUGACCUCUGCAGCAAACAGAAGGAGAAUGUACCCCCAGGCAGUGUGGACACGGGUCCGGACUCAGAGCCCAACAGUAGGAAAGCAUCUUCCACAGAGAGCAAUGCAGGCUCCAGUACCGGCACCUUCUCUGCAUCCCCGACUCAGAAGGACCAAGCUCAGCCCAAGACCUCCAGGAGCUUCUGCUUGCCUGCACGGGAGAGUUGUGUGUCAUGUCAGAAGACAGUCUACCCUUUAGAGCGUCUGGUAGCCAACCAAAAGGUCUACCACAACACCUGUUUCAGAUGCUCCCACUGCAACACCAAACUCAGCCUGGGGACCUACGCCUCUCUGCACAGCCACGUCUACUGCAAGCCUCACUUCUGCCAGCUGUUCAAGGCCAAGGGCAACUACGACGAGGGCUUCGGCCUGCGCCCUCACAAGGAGCUGUGGGAGACCAAAGGAGAGAGUGGGGCUGGGGAGGAACCCAGGACAGAGCUGACUACCAAGGCCACCUCCUUUUCCAAAGACAAGCUGAAGAAGUGCGCCUCUACUGGCACGCUGUUGAUCAGCCCAGCAGUAGAGGAGUCUCCACUGGCCAAGGUCAAUGUGGUGACGGCCUCCCUGGAGACCCGCGCCCAGAGCUCAGCAGAGAAGGACAAGCCAGUGGAAACACGUCGGCUGAAGAUCUCCUGGCCCCCCCGCACUGAAGGAGACGGAGAGGGGGGUAACACUGGGGACAGUCCCACCUCAGACGGGAGCUCCGCUGGGAAACAAUCCCGUGCUAAGUGGCCCCCAGAGGACGACUCAGCCUCCUCCGACCAGAGCCCAGAGCCCACCGUACGCUCCACCCUCUGCAGGAGCGCCUCCCUCAAGGAGCGUAGCCGACCCUUCUCAUUGGCCAUGGCAACCCAUGCUCCCGCUCCUGCUGCCAGUCAGACAGCCAAUCCUGAGCCACUGGAGAGGAGAAGCUCAUUCGAGGACAGGGAGCCUGAACUGGCCUGUAGCCCUGAGGAACAAGGCAUGGAGGACCAGGAACAACCAAACAGCCUGUCACCCGGCUACCACACGCCUUCUGAUGACAGCUACGUGGACAUCCACGACAGCUCUGAGGACGAGGGGAUGGAGGGGAGAGUCGCACGUCUGAAAGACCACCACAAAUUACUAGAAGCAAACCAUGAACAGGGAGCAAAGAAUGACAGGGAGGAAGAGGAAAAGCUGGAGGGAGAAGAAGAGGGAGCAGGAAAAGAGGGGGAAGGGUUACCUUCUCAAAACUGCCAGACUGCCUCGUCAGAGAUUGCCGCGCCCCCCUCGUCUCUGGAGACUGAGCAGAGGUCCAAGACCAACCGCAUGUCUCAGGAUGUGGGCUUCUGGAAGGGCGAAGAGGCCGUGUCUGUAGAGGAGAUGAUUAAGAGGAACCGCUACUAUGAGGAAGAUGAGGACGAGGAGGACUGAGAGACACUGAACUGGCGUUUAUCAUGCCAUGAAAACGAGCCAUUAUCACCACACUGACUGUUAACUUCCUCCCCUCUCUUCAUUUCCCUGUUACUAAGGAACAGUGUCUGGCUGCGUUUGGUGCCAUGUCAGGUGUUAUACUCUGUCUGAGCUCUAUUUGUGCCUCUGAACUAUCACCUCAAUUGGAGUGAUCAAGUCCUCAGAAUAUCUACAUUGUUAGUUUUCCAUAAUAUAGAUUUAUUGAAGCACAGAUCAGUCUUAUGUUUGUGUAUCAUUCAACGCUAAUUUUAAGAUAUUCCAUGAUCUGAAACGACCUAUUGUGGGUCAUUUAUUUCUGUCCAUUCUACCUUAGUCUGGAUGAUGGCACAGUAAAAAACAAACAAAUGCUGAUGAUACCAACUGAACCCAGUGAAUGAGACAUAUGAGUAUGUAUUUAGAGAGUCCGAUGAAUGUUUUUAAGGUGGAUUGUUUGAUCAGAACCGCAGGAGAGCUCAGCUGAAAGGACAGGAUCGGUUUUCACCAUAUUCAUUCUGCUUGUUAUCAUUGUUUGUAUGAAUUAAAAAAAGGAUGCACACAAAA